CAUCAUUUUCUUGUUUUCUUCAUAUAGUAAACACAAAAACACAUACAAAGAAAACUGAACAAAAUUUGAAGAAUUAAAAUGGGGUGUACAUCGUCCAAGCAAGUGAAAGCUAACGUCGUCGCCGACGUUUACAAACCACCGCCGUCAAGUUUCGCGGUGUUUGAUGUCAACGCCAUCCAAGAGCCAUGGCUAAAAUUUGAACAUGAAGAUGAUGAGAAACCGCCACGCUCCACCGUCUUCGACACUCUCGAGGAGGAUGAUGAUGAUGAUAACGCUCCGAAAACAUGGGAUGAAGUCAGCAAAUCUCUAGAAACUAAACUUAAACCCGCCGCCGAUAAACCGCCGGAAGUUGUCUCCGUUAAACCUCCGGCGACUCCUCCACGACGGCUUCCGCGGAAGAGCGCAUCGUUCCACACACUGGACGAGCUUGAAACCAGGGCCAAAAGACAAAUCGCCGAGCAAAUCCCGACGACGGUGGUUAAGCUUAAGAGAACCGAGUCGAUGUCCGAGCUAAGACCCGAGUCAGAUGAUCGGACCGAGUCCACUCAGUCGUCCUACUCAGGGCCUCGGUCAGUGAAGGAGAACAUAUUCGUCAAGAGAGACAGAGAACGGAGGGAGAAAGAAGGGAACAAGAAACCGGUGAUGAACUGGGACCCGCUUAGGGAGUUCCCGGAGAAGUGUCCUCCGCGAGGAGGGGAAGGUUUGGUUGUCUACACGACGUCGUUGCAAGGAGUGCGUCGCACUUACGAGGAUUGCAUGCGUGUGAGGGCCAUCAUGGAGCAGCAAGGAGUGGUGGUGGACGAGAGGGACAUUUCUUUAGACGCCGGAGUCUUGAGCGAGCUUAAGGAGCUUCUCCAAGACGAAGCAUCGGUGGCGCCCCCGAGAGUGUUUGUGAAAGGGAGGUACUUGGGAGGAGCGGCGGAAGUGACGGCGAUGAAUGAGAACGGGAAGUUAGGGAGGGUGUUAAGGUGGGCACGUGUGGAGAGAGUAGGGGAGGAAGGGAGGCUCACGUGUGAAGGGUGUGGAGGAGCGAGGUGGUUGCCUUGUUUUGAGUGCGGCGGAAGCUGUAAGGUGGCGGCGGUUGGGGCGGCGAAAGGUGAAAGGUGGGAGAGGUUUGAUUAUUUCUUAAUGUGGAAAGUUGAAAAUGAUUUGAAACUAGGCUCUAGGAUCUUAAACAAAAUGUUAAAGCAUGCAUGAGAAUCAUUCUAAUGCUAGCUUCAAUGGUCUCUUACUUGUAUAUGUUUAUGGUUUUGAUCAUUUACAUAAAGGUGUUGAGCAAACACUUGUCCAAAUCUGUUAUCAAUUUAUUUCGAAGAAGACACAAUCGUUUUCUUUGUUGCCAUCAUUCAUGUCAAAUUGACUGAUUUGUUAUGCUUUCGUUGAGGAUCUUUUGCAAUGAAACAGAGUUGAUAUG